AUGCGGCAGCCAGGUGGCUUCGAGAUCGCAGGACAAGAGAAGAAGGUGUGUAAGCUGGUGAAGAGCAUUUACGGGCCGAAACAGUUGGCUCGCGACAGCGAGGAGAAGAUUGGAAAGAUCUACGCAGCUCUGAGUAAGGAGUUUGAGAUGGUCAACCUAGGAGAUGCGAACUAUUUCCUGGGAAUUGAAAUUCGAAAGGAGGGUGGUAAGUACGGCAUUUCACUGGAAAGCUAUAAAGAUCGGAUCGCUGAAAGAUUCGGUCUGGGUGACGCAAAGUGCGCGAAAACCAAGGCGCAAGCCCCGAUGGAUGACGGAUUCAUCAAGACCAGGGAAGACGGUCCUCCAUUGAAAACGAACACGCAAUACAGGACUCUGGUGGGGGCGUAG